AUGAGUGCCAGUCAGGGCGACAAAGAUCCCCGCGCCGACUGGGCGAAAAACAUCCGCCGAGAACCCGAGUGGAAAUGGUGUCCCAAGUUCGCCCACGGAUGGUACGACUUCGUCUACUACGACGAAUGCCCCAAGUGCAAUUCAACCGAGCCGCCCAUGAAGAACAAGAAAAAGGCCAGUGCCCCAGUAGCCACCAACUGGCACUGGUGUCCCACUGAGGACCACGGAUGGUACGAGGGCAUCACAGGACGCGGCUUCUACAGGGUGUGCGAAAAGUGCCUCGCCGAGUUGACGGCUAGUGGCUCUGGAGGAAACACGGCCUCGUAG